UUCAAAACGUUAUAGUUUGGCUUUGAAUCUCAAAUCUCGCGAGAUCUCAUUUACUGCUGAGUUGUCCCCCAGAAAAUACCGUGAGACGUUUAGCAGAGGACUACUCGGCUGAGCCCUCCUUUAAAAUCUAUCUGCACUGGACGAGUGAAACUUUGCAAAAAGGUAUCUGUUAUCACGAUUGAAGCCACACACUGAAGUUUAACAACUUCAUCUGAAUCAUGGGGAACAUUUUUGGGAAUUUGCUGAAGAGCCUCAUAGGGAAGAAGGAGAUGAGGAUCUUGAUGGUGGGCCUCGAUGCUGCGGGUAAAACAACAAUCCUCUACAAGCUCAAACUGGGAGAGAUAGUCACCACCAUCCCAACUAUUGGGUUUAAUGUUGAGACGGUGGAGUACAAGAACAUCAGCUUCACUGUGUGGGACGUGGGUGGACAGGACAAGAUCCGCCCUCUCUGGAGACACUACUUCCAGAACACACAGGGUCUAAUCUUUGUGGUGGACAGUAAUGACAGAGAGCGUGUGAACGAAGCACGAGAGGAGCUGAUGAGGAUGCUGGCUGAGGACGAACUGAGAGAUGCAGUCCUCCUUGUGUUUGCCAACAAACAAGACCUACCGAAUGCAAUGAAUGCUGCCGAGAUCACAGACAAGUUGGGCUUACACUCCCUGCGCCACCGUAACUGGUACAUCCAGGCCACCUGUGCCACCAGCGGCGACGGCCUCUAUGAGGGUCUUGAUUGGCUGGCCAAUCAACUCAAGAACAAGAAAUAAGAAGAAAACUGGGACACGCAGCCACACCCGUCCAACUUUUUUAUUUCUUUUGGGAAUGUGUGGGCGGGGGGCGAGAGUUAGGUACAGGGGUUUCGAUGAAUUGGUGAAAAGCAAGAUUCAGGGUUCAGGGAGGAGAUUUUAGGCUUUUAAUUUUCAGUCUGUUGAGGUUCCUAAUAGUUUUCAAUGCUUAUUAAAAACAGAUUAUCAUGUACUUCAUAUUUAACCACUCAAACACACACACAAAUGCACACUAACCGUAAGCAAUCACAGCAGACACUUGCUUUUCCUGUGUCCACCUCUUGUCCUUAGGUGCAAUGUACUGUAUGUUCGUCUCUAGGUGCUGUACCAAGUCAUGUGUGACUCCACUGAGUCAGCAAUGAGUCAGAUAUUACUUUUUGUUGAUGUCUUUUGACUGUCAGUCCACACAAGAACUGCUCUGUGGAAGUUGCACUUCCUGUUUUUUUUCCUAACAGAGCCACGUUUGGGAACAAUCAUAGCUGGCAGAUUCAUGUCACCAUAAUUCUACCUUUUGAUUUGUGAGCAAUGCUGAGGCACUUUGAUACUCAGAUAAAGUGCGUGCAGAUACUGUAUGUCUUUGUGCAAGCAGGCCAGUCAGUAUUAAUCAUGAAAGAGACACCGGGACUGGAGUCUCCCCUGUCACACGUCCUCUUACUUUUGGGAAUCUUUUGAUAUCUGUGGCGUGUUUCUACUCCCUGCGUGGCAACCCGGAGCAUCGAAGCCGGCCUUUUUAAAUAUUUUCAAACGCACAACACAUUCUGCAUGCAUCCCGGUAGAUCUUGCUGACAUUGUUGCAUACUUUUCUAUCCUCAGAGCUGCAUGGAUGUUGACGCUGUUUGUAACUGCCCUCAUUGUGUACACGUGCUGUUAACAGUAGGAUGCAGAAACUAACCGAACCACCAAAUCGCGCUACAUACAGUAUAAUCAGCUUUAUGGUCUUUUUUUAAAAUGUGAACGUAAUAUACUAAAUACGACACACAUGACCUGCACAGCUGCUGCUCGUCUGCCUCCAUGUGUGUCCACCGUAUGAGUACUCAAACUGCAUCAGGUUGCUCUCGAUUUGUGUGUUUUUGUCUCAGACUUGCAUAUCCGGGGUUGAUAACUCUGUGUUACUGAAUGUGAAUAUUGUUGAUGAAUCUAUAAAUGGCUGUAAUAUUUAUUUGACAGGCAUAUUCCUUUAUUUCAGUGAUUGUUAUGUGAAAGAAAGCAGGGUAAGCGGAUCAAUUCACUCAUCAGCACAUCCAUGACUGCGUCACCACUGAUACCAGCAGAUUCCACAGACUAAUAAUCACUCAAUAAAACACUUCUCGUGUGCCAUACAUAGGUACUACUACUCAUAUACCAGUGACAGUACAACAUACUGUAAAUCCACAAAGUUAUGAGUGCAUUGUUCAUAAUCAGCAUCUAUGUUAAAUCAGUUUAAUCAUUUGGGUUUUGUGGCCUUAUAUAUUUAGUGAUGACUUCUAAUUGAUUUCCUCUCAGCUUGUUCGGUUCUCACUUCGAGUCACAUAUAUUUAUCUAUAAAGAAUGAUUUACAGAUUUAUUUCUCUAUGCCCUCAGAAGGCGGGUUUUGCACCACAGUUCUAGAUGAUUCAGCAAAGGUUUAGUCCUUUUUUGUUCUGCCUGUUUACUUGAUUCAUAUUUGGUGGUAGAUUUCUUUGUUUUUUUAUUUGGGGUGUAAAGAAACUUUGAUGUAGACUGUGUCUGUGAAACAAUGAUAAUCAGUGCGAACUAAAAGAAAAAGAAAAAAAAAACUUCUGAUGAUUCAUUCUGUACCGUUAUAGUUACACAAUUAGAUUUAAAAACGGUGAAGACCAUGUUUCAAUGCUGAAUGCAAGGAGGCAUCUGUAUGUGAUGUAAGACAACAAACAAAAUCCUGCUGUAUUACAAAUAAACCCAUUUUCUGUA